CAUUUGUUUUCUACCUACUGCGGUUGACUUCUCAACAGAAAGACUAAAAACAGAGAAAAUCUCAAAAAAUGGAGAUUUUGGCGAGCAUAGCGAUCAUAGUAGCAACAACAAUCUUCAUCGUUCUAUCUUUCACAAUCUACCUAACACUCAAAAUCUUCGCCGGAAAAUCCAUAAACAACAAGGAGUAUGCUCCAGUACACGCCACCAUCUUCGACCUCUUCUUCCACCGCGACGACUUAUACGACUACGAGACGGAGAUCGCGAGAAAUAAGCCGACUUUUAGGUUCUUGGGUCUAGGGAAGAGCGAGAUACUAACCGCUGAUCCUCGCAACGUGGAGCAUGUGCUCAAGACGAGGUUCGAUAACUACACCAAAGGACAGAACAGCCGCGAGAAUCUCGGUGAUCUUCUGGGACACGGUAUCUUCGCUGUUGAUGGAGAGAAGUGGAAGCAGCAGAGGAAGCUCGCUAGCUUUGAGUUCUCCGCUAGAGUUUUGAGAGACUUUAGCUGCUCUGUUUUUAGGACGAAUGCGUGUAAGGUUGUCGGUUUUGUAACUGAGUUUGGUCUCUCUGGAAACUCUUUUGAUGCUCAGGAUAUGUUGAUGAGAUGUACACUGGACUCGAUCUUCAAAGUUGGGUUUGGUGUGGAGUUAAAGUGUUUGGAUGGGUUUAGCAAAGAAGGGGAAGGGUUCAUGGAAGCUUUUGAUGAAGGUAACGAUGCAACUAGUUUAAGAUUCAUCGAUCCGCUUUGGAAGCUGAAACGGUUUCUCAACAUUGGAUCACAAGCUAGACUCAAGAAGAGCGUUGCUACUAUAGAUAAGUUUGUUUAUAGACUCAUUACCACUAAAAGGAAAGAGCUUGCCAAGAAACAGAACACUGCUGUUAGAGAGGAUAUAUUAUCUAGAUUUCUAGUGGAGAGUGAGAAAGAUCCGGAGAAGAUGAAUGAUAAGUACCUGAGGGAUAUAAUCUUGAGCUUUAUGAUUGCUGGGAAGGACACAACCGCUGCGUCUCUCUCUUGGUUCUUGUACAUGCUCUGCAAUAACCCACUCGUUCAGGAGAAGAUCGUACAGGAGAUUAGAGACGUGACAUCAAGUCAUGAGAGAACAACCGAUGUGACUGGUUUCGUUGAAAGUAUAGAUGAAGAGGCUCUUGAUCAGAUGCAGUAUCUCCAUGCAGCCUUGUCUGAGACCUUGAGGCUUUACCCUGCUGUCCCUGUGGACACGAGGUGUGCAGAGAAUGAUGACGUACUUCCAGAUGGAUAUAGAGUGAAGAGAGGGGAUAAUGUCUACUACAUAUCCUAUGCAAUGGGAAGGAUGAGUUAUAUUUGGGGGCAAGAUGCUGAGGAGUUCAAGCCAGAGAGAUGGCUUAAGGAUGGCGUGUUUCAGCCAGAGUCACCAUUCAAAUUCAUAAGCUUUCAUGCUGGUCCAAGGAUCUGUCUUGGCAAGGAUUUUGCAUACAGGCAAAUGAAGAUAGUAUCAAUGGCGCUUCUUCACUUCUUUCGCUUCAAAAUGGCUGAUGAGAAAAGAAACGUGUCUUACAAGAGGAUGCUUACGCUUCAUAUAGAAGGAGGACUCCAUCUCCAUGCAAUCCCAAGGACAAGUACUUGAUUUUCACUAGAACACUUGACACACUUUUAUAGUCCCUGCUUCAUGUACUUUACCCAAAAACGUUAUGCUGCCUAAAAUUCUCAUAAGGUGUGAAAGUUAAGCCAAGCAUUAAUGAAAAUUUGUGAUAGA